GUCGGUCCCACGGGCAGCCAGACAGAGUCCACAAUAGGAUUAACUCGUGAGACGUGGGGCCCGCCAAUGCCCAAACCCAAACCUUCCCCUGAACCCUCUCCCUAGCGCCGCCAACGCCGACGAGCGGAAGAAGAGGGCCGACCGAUCCAGCUCCGAUGGCCAGCGGGGGACUGCUCGGGGGCGCGUUCUGGGCGACGCGGGCGCUGGAGGUGGUGAAGCGGAACGACUCCCCGGGCCUUCUAUGGAAGCGCAUCAAGCUCACCACCACCCGCAAGAACAACGCCAAGAAGCGCCUCAAGCGGCUCUGGCAGGAGAGAGACCGCCGUCUAUCUGAGCAAAGAUUGCAUCUACACGAAGGAAGUCUUGUGGCACAUUUCACAGUGGCUGCAUUUCCACAACCUGUCAUCCUUCAAUCAAUUUUAGAGUUUAACAAGUUAGUGGAGAGCGGCAUCUACGACAAACAUCUUUGGUGAGAAUUUAAUAGAAUUGUAAUUAUCUUUUUGUGGUAUAUUUGGAAAGAGAGGAAUUGAAGGACCUUCCCAAAAAAAACGACGAGCUCAGGGUUGCUCAGAUAACAAAAGAGCAUAUUGAGGACUUCUACAAAGUAUUUUCAUCCUUUCCCUGAGUUGUGUUUUUCUCGUUCCUCCGUUGUUUCGUUUUGGGCCUGCUGUAGUCUCAGGCUUCGGUCUGUCUAGAUUUUUUUUUUCUUUUAGGUUAUACUCUUUUUUACUCUUUGUCUAAUAAAAUGGUAAAUCUUGUGCCGCACUUUAAAAAAAAGACCCGAUUCAUUUCA